GGCCCGCGCGCCUCGCCUCGCCCGGUACCGGAACCGGCCCGGCGCCUCGCCAUGAGCUUCCUCUUCGGCAGCCGGUCUUCGAAAACCUUCAAGCCCAAGAAGAACAUCCCCGAGGGCUCCCACCAGUACGAGCUGCUCAAGCACGCCGAGGCGACGCUGGGCAGCGGCAACCUCAGGCAGGCCGUGAUGCUGCCCGAGGGGGAGGAUCUCAACGAGUGGAUCGCGGUGAACACGGUGGAUUUCUUCAACCAAAUCAACAUGCUGUACGGGACCAUCACGGAGUUCUGCACCGAGGCGAGCUGCCCCGUCAUGUCUGCUGGACCAAGGUACGAGUACCACUGGGCAGAUGGCACCAACAUCAAGAAGCCCAUUAAGUGCUCGGCUCCCAAGUACAUUGACUACUUGAUGACGUGGGUUCAGGACCAGCUGGACGAUGAAACCCUCUUUCCUUCCAAGAUCGGUGUCCCUUUUCCCAAGAACUUCAUGUCGGUGGCGAAGACGAUCCUGAAGCGGCUCUUCCGCGUGUACGCGCACAUCUACCACCAGCACUUCGACUCGGUCAUGCGGCUGCAGGAGGAGGCGCACCUCAACACCUCCUUCAAGCACUUCAUCUUCUUCGUGCAGGAAUUCAACCUGAUCGACAGGCGUGAGUUGGCUCCGCUGCAGGAACUCAUCGAGAAGCUGGGCUCCAAGGACAGAUAAACCCAGCGGCCGCUUCCCGCUUUGCUCCCCACUGCUCUCCCGCUCCGCCCUCGGCGCUGGGGGGAGCCGGGGGGUGCUCGGCAGAGCCCAACUCGCGUCUCGAGGCCUUGGCAAAACCUCGCUGCAAUCCGCAGCCUGGACACAGCGCUACUUAGUCCAGUCUGCUACUGUGUAAUUCCAGUCUGCUCUAGAACGGGACUCACUUUGCAGCCUUCUUCAGGUCCUGAAGCAGCUGGGACUUUCUGGAGCAAAACAGCUGCAAUUUCCCUCCGGACUUCGGAGCACCCAAGGAUCAAAGCCAGCCGAAGCCGAGCGUGGCGCUG